CGUCGUCGUCGUGCGAGUGUGUGUGUGUGUGUGUGUUCGUUGCGGCGUUGACCGAUACUCGCGUCGUCCACCAUGCCCGUCACGUCGCUGGAACUCGAGAACUUCAAGUCCUACGCGGGCUUACAAACCAUCGGACCCUUUCGCGACUUUACGUCCGUCAUUGGCCCCAAUGGUGCCGGCAAGUCCAAUCUCAUGGACGCCGUCAGUUUCGUCCUCGGCGUACAGUCCCGCGAUUUGCGCAGUACCGUCCUGGCGGAUCUCGUCUUUCGUCCUCCCACGACGAUUGGUACUACUGUGAGUACUACUAGUACGACGCCCGCACUCCGCGCGUCGGCCACGCUCGUGUACGCCGACGCCGUCACCGGCGCCGAGACACGCUUCGGACGGACCAUUGGCGUCCGCGGAGUCGGGGAGUACCACCUGGACGGGAAGGUUGUUUCCUGGACGGACUACGAAGCCGCCCUCGCCGACAUUGGGGUCCUCGUCAAGGCGCGGAACUUUCUCGUCUUUCAGGGAGACGUGGAAGCCUUGGCGCGCAAGUCGCCGGCGGAACUCACCGCCCUCGUCGAGCAAAUUGCCGGAUCCGCCGGACUCGCGGACGACUACCGCCAACGACACGCCGACAAGGAACAAGCGCAGCAGAAUACCGUCUUUCUGUUGCAACAGCAAAAGACGCUCCGGGCCGAGCGGAAACUACUCAAGGAACAAAAGACUGAGGCCGACCGGUUCCACCAACUACUCACGGAAAAAGCCGACGUCGAGACCGAGCUCUAUUUGUGGAUACUCUACCACUUGGACCGGGACCGACACGAGCGGGACGCCGUCCUCGGGGAACUCCGCGACGAACGGGACGCCCACCGCGCCACCGAACAAACACACGCCGAGACACUCCAACAAGCCAAAAAGCAAGCCAGUGCGGCCCGGAGGGAGACCGGACAACGCCAACAACGCCGGGUGGAACUCGCCGCACUCGCGGAUCGACUAGAACCCGCCGUCAUACAAACCACGGAAGAAAUCAAAUCCCUCGCUAACAAACUCGCGCAGGACGAGAAACAAGUCGCCAAGAAACAGACGGAGGCCGAUACGCACCGGGAACGAAUCGACGCGAUUGCCAAGGAAAUUGCCGACUACCGCACACAGCUGACCGCGUUGGAACGCGACUACGACGAAAUCAAGGCCAACGCCGCUCCCGUCCAACUCACGCCCGAGCAAGAAACACGUUACGAAGCGCUCCGCUACCAGGCUGCUGCCGCCAGUGCCGCACCAAGACACGCGCUCCAUGCCGCCCAACGACGCCUGGAGCAGGCACGUGCUCACGUUGCUACACUCCAACACACGCUCCAAGAAGCCCAAGCGGCCCAGGCGGAAACCGCACGCGACGUACAGGCACUCGACACCCGACGCGAGAAACUUACCAAGAGUCUCGCAAAUACUACUCAGGAUCUGCAGGCAACGGAACAUGAACUGGUGCAAGUCCAAGGACAGGCGCAGCGGGUCCAAGUUCGUCGCCAGGAAUUGGAUGUUGACAUAGAAAAGCUCGAUGCGUCCUUACGGGAGGCCAAGUACGACAGUACCCGUAGUAAGGACGAGGAAUGUUUGGUGCGGGCCAUCGCCUCACUCCAACAGCACUUUACCGGGGUUCACGGUCGACUCGUCGAUUUGUGUCGCCCCGUCUCCCGCAAAUUCAAUCUCGCUGUUACCGUCGCGGCCGGGAAAGACAUGGACGCCAUUGUUGUGGAUACCAAGCAGACGGCCUUUGAGUGCAUCAAGUACUUGCGCGAACAGCGCGUCGGUACGGCCACCUUUCUGCCCUUGGAUAGUCUACAAACGCCGUCACCCGAUAGUACGGAACGAUUGCGGGCGCACGUGGCCAAGGACGGCCGAUACAGCCUGGUAGCCGACGUAAUUGCUUGUGACGACGCGGUCCACCGAGCCGUGCAAUACGCCGUGGGGAAUACGGUCGUGGCCGAAGAUCUGGAUGCGGCCCGGGAACUGUGCUUUGGAUCGUCCUCGUCGCGGCGAGGCGGUCGGUCCGAGGGAAACUCACCCCAAUCUCGCGUCAAGGCGGUCACCUUGGGAGGGGCCGUCAUUAGCAAAGCGGGUACCAUGACGGGUGGAGUCACACGAGACGAGGACUCCAAAUCGGGACGCUGGGAUGCGCAGAAUCUCCAUAAAAUUCAGGAGCAGAAAGCUCAGUUGGAAGCGGAACGGGAGGCCUUGGAUACCGGCGGUGCCUCCAACAGACGCAGCGGAGUUGGGGCUGGUGGGUCUUUGGGACACGCGAGCAAGAUCGAAGAGCUCCGGAACAAGGUUGGUAAUCUCCGCAACAAAGACCAGUAUUCAAAAAGCGAUCUGGAGUUUACCAAAAAGCAACUGGAGGAAAAGACGGUGUUGCUAAAGUCGACCGAAAAGCAGCUCGCCAAGUUGGAAAAACAAGUGGCGGCGGGCGAAAAGGAAUUUUCCAAGGCCAAUACUGCGGUCCAGAAGGGAAUUGCCGCAGUCAAGGCGGCGGAGGAUGAGCUUCUUGGAGAUUUCCGUGACGAGACUGGUCUGCGAGAUUUGAACGCUUACGAAGAGGCGAUCGGAAAAAGCCGGGAUGAAUUCAACGAGAGGAAACGCACGUUUAUGGAGCACAUUGCGCAGCUGGAGCAACAAACAAAAUACGAGUCGGGGCGUGAUCUCCAACAGCCCAUUGUACGUAUCGAAAAGCGGAUCAAGGAACGUAAGGCUGCUCUUGCCAAAGCGAAGAAGAAGGAAUCUGAACUGCGCAAGAAGGUCGAUGAGGCCAAAGCGAAUCUGGCCGAAGCGGAAAUCAAGGUGGAGGAAGCGAUCGACAACGAGAAGAAAUUCGAGGAGCAAGUGCAGGAUGCUCAAAGUGCCUUGACGGAGGCCCAGAAUGAGCGGAUUCGUAUUGACAAAGCCAUUGGAUCGGAAGAGACAGCGCUCGAACGCCUUCGUGCAAAGUUGCAUGAUACCUUGCAAAAAGCGCAUGUAGAGGAAGUCUUGCUGCCGCGAGUUGGAGAUGACAACGCAUCUCAGGCUUCGAGCGUAGAUUUCUCCCGAAUGCCCAGUCCUCUGAAGCAGCGCAUGAGUGACCGCGAUGAAAAGCGAAUGCGCAAGGAGUUCGAGGACAAGCUGGCCAAAAUAGCUGCCAACAUUGAGAGUAUCACUCCAAAUAUGAAGGCCAGCGAAGCGUUCUCUACCAUAACCGAUCGCCUCAAAGGAAGUAGCUCGGACUACGAAAAGUCCAAAGAGAAGUCUGCGAAAGCGGCUCAGGCCUUUCAACGAGUCAAGGCAAAGCGCGCUAAACUAUUUAACGAGGCUUUCAACCAUAUUGAUGAGGCUUUGAAGACAAUCUACACCGACAUGACCAAGAGUAGCAAGCAUCCUUUAGGUGGGAAUGCCUAUCUUAGCCUCGACGAUGCCGAAGAGCCGUAUAAAGGUGGAAUCAAGUUCAAUGCGAUGCCACCGAUGAAGCGAUUUCGUGACAUGGAACAGCUAAGUGGCGGCGAGAAGACGGUAGCCGCUCUGUCACUAUUGUUUGCCAUUCAUUCGUUCCACCCGGCGCCGUUUUUUAUCAUGGACGAAAUUGAUGCAGCGUUGGACAACGUCAACCUUCGCAAGGUUUGCAACUAUAUCAAGCAACGCAGCCAGACAGAUUUUCAGUGCAUCGUAAUCAGUCUCAAAGACAUGUUCUACGAGCACAGCCAAGGAUUAGUAGGUAUCUACCGCGAUGUCGGUACGAACUCGAGCCAUACUCUUACUUUAGACUUGACGAAAUUU